CAAAAACGUAAAUAAAAACAUAGCCUCCGAUGGCGUCAUAUAUCGCGCGCUUGUUGUUUAAAUAGUUAAAUAGAAAUAAAUAAAAACAGUAAAACAAAACUUCGAUUUGUAGCUAAUUUUACCAGGCCAGUGGGCUUAAAAAUUCUGGAAAAGGGUAGCAUUGCGCAGUGCGUGUAGUAUUUCCCAAAGGGAAAAAGGUUUUCCUUUCGGGUCCGAAUCCGACUCGCCAACGGGCCAACAGUGCGACCCGUGGGAGGGGUGGGGGAGAGUAUGGCAACGAACCGGGGCGGUAGCACGGUGUACCUCGAAAUGGACGGCCGGCGGGAGCAGCACGCCCAGCCGGAACAGGACGGCGAAAAUGACGCCGAUAGUGGUGAAGACACCGACGAGGCGAGUGAGAGUGAGCUGCUGACCGGCACGAACAACCAGCACAGCGUGGACGAGCGGAUGGAGAUCCGGGAGCAGAUGUACCAGGACAAGCUGGCGAACCUGCUCGGGCAGCUGGAGCUGCUGAAGCAGGGCAAGCACCCGGAGUACCUGAAGAUCGUCGACCGGCUGCAGCUCGAGCUGGACGACCGGGUGCUGCUGAACGAGGUCGAGCGGGACUACCUGCUGGCGUGCGCGGAGCGCGACUGCAUCCUCGAGAAGGCGGCCGCCGAGAAGGAGUUCGACGAGAAGAAAGCGGAGCUGAUCGAGAACCUGAUCGCCGACCUGGAGGACCAGAAGAAGAUGAUCGAGCACGAGUUCGCGACGAUGGAGCUGAACGGCGACUCGGUCGACGUGAAGCCGACCGUGACGCGGAAGCUGCGCCGCCGCCCGAACGAGCCGCUGCCGGUGCCGGAGAAGCGCCGCAAGCCAACGACCAACCAGCUGACGUUUCUGCUGGAGGACAAGGAGGUGGACCACGAUCUGAAGCUGAUCUCGCGCAGCAAACCGAACGGUGGAUCUCAGCCGACGGAGGGCUACGGUGGCAGUGGGGCAGCACCCACGGGAACGGGUGGACAAUCGAACGCACAACCGUCGACGGAAACGCGCAUCGAGGAUGGGAAGCUGUGGUACGAGCGGCGCUGGUUCCACCGCGGCCAGCCGGUGCACGUCGAGGGCCGGGACAUACCGCGCUUUCCGGCCAACAUCUCCGCGAUCGGGACCGAGGCGAUCUGUGUGAAGAAAACGUCCGACGGGCAGAAGGUGCGCAUCUUUCUGUCGCAUCUGCGCCGCGGCAAGGUGUCGAUCAAGCGGCGGGCCAACUAAACCAUGGGGACAAUGGGGGAGGGGGGGGGGGAGUGAAGGGCCUUUUUCGGUAGAGAGGCGUUUUCGGUGUUGUUGUCGGCGGACGAGAAUGAGAAGCGUUGUUUUGUGGUUUCCGAGCGCCACUGGACACAUUUGUUUGGUUAGAGAUUUAUAAUAAUUGCGUGCGUUUUUUUGUAUAAGGAGAUUUGUGCGCUACGCGAGGAUGGAAAAGGGCGGGGACUGGGUGGAUAGCCAAAAACCGUACGACACUUACCCACGAACUAAGGUCAAUCUCGGAUUACAGUUGAGCAAUACACACACGCGCGCACACUAACAAAACCGCGGACUGCUAGAAGCAAACACGAUAAAACUAAGAAUUCGAGCUCGCGCUCGCGCUCGCUCACUCCUACCCCACAAAAUACACACACGCACGCAAACACACACCAAGAGAGAAGUGUCGCCUGACUUCCUGACUGUAAAGAUCGAAAAGUGUUUGAAACCAACGGCCGCUCGUGUAUCGGACCACCGCGCGGAAUUCGCAAGAAAUUCACAUCCUUUGUUGUGCUCUAACGGUCUGUCGCACUACCACCAACACCAUCGACACCACCACCAGCACCUCUAGCUCCACCCCCGUCGCAAAUGAGAUCGCUCCAGCGACUGUUGCUGGGAGCCGUUGGCGACGACGAACGAGAUGAGCUUCCUUUUCUGCACAGCCUCUCGAGUCGAUCGGACGUGUUUCACCAAGCCCGGACGUGCUUUGUCAAGAGCUAGUUGGUGUUGGUGCGUGUGUGUGUUAGUCGCGAUUUUGGAGAAAAUUCUUUGAUAGCGUCUCACAUCUCGGUGGUCGAACAAUGGAUCAUAGCAACAAAGACCACCGGCUCGGAUUCGUCGAACGAUGAGUUUGAUUUGGCGUCGCCGAGCUUUUACGAGCUGAACCGGCCGGCUAUGUCAAUCUCGCCGAUAGAAACGGAGGACGGGCCGGCGGUUUCGGCCUCACCCAUUCCGCCGCUGCUGGCGUCCCCGGAGCAGCAGCCGAUGAAUUUGUCGGUGGGCGGCGGGCAACCGGCGCGCACACCGGCGCGCCCACAGACGCGCAGAACGGUAGGGCAGAACGGGCAGAACGGGGCAGGGCCGGUGCACGCAUCAGCAUCCUUUAGGCGCCCGGUAGUGCUGCUGCAGGACAACGUGAGGUCGCGCUUGAUCCAGCGUUACAGCGCGACAAUGGGGUCCCCGCCGACACCGUCGCGGCAGACGGGUAGUGGUUUGGGCGCGAUCCGGCAUCGUCGGCACAUCGACGGCGGCAGGCGGGCAGCUGCGGCGAUCCGGGCGCACGGGGCGCCGGACGGUGAUGCCCCAGCUGGACGACAUGGCGGCGGUGGAGUGGGAAGACGCGCGCAGCGGUUUGUUCUCGCCGCGCCCGGUACGCCGCGCCGCUGCCGACCAGCAGGCGGCCAGCGACGACGAAUCCAUUGCGCGCAAGCAGCGCCAAGCGGACGAAUCGUAAGAUAAUCGUAAGAUGCGCAUCGAGCCCGUUUUUUAGACACCCGAUGUGCCAUGACGAACGAUGUGAAUUACCAAUAAAGAUGAGUUCAAAGGUGUGUCUCUUGUGAGGCACCUGAAAAGCAA